ACACGCAGCCAGUUUCUCUGAAACAGCGCCGCUUUUCACUCCUACGCUGAGCUGAGAGGAGCGGAGCGACGCUGCAGCCGGACUGGAUAUUUAAACCGGCUGUUCGCGCUGCUUCAAGCCAUGUUGAGAGAAGUUCUCCGCACGUCUGGAUUUGGUGCGCGUUUGAAAAGCAGGGCAUGCGUGUUGACAGUGUUGUCCACUCAGUUGGACUCUUCUAGCAUCGCUUGUGCUUAACUGGGGGUCAAGCCUUUGAGGUGAAUGAGUUUUGCCUCCUGGCUUGGAGACGCACCGUGCAUGCACAAGUUGGAGCGAUCUGGACAUCAACCGUGUAGGGUCCAUCUUUGCUGUUUACCUCUCUUGUCUUGCUCUGAGGGAAUUCAGCCACUAAACUGGAGCAAUAACACAGUCUGACAUCAGAGGUCCUCCUGCGUGAGCCCACGCAGUUUAACCUUUGGAUCGUGGGGUCUCGUCAGUCCGCUCGCCAUGGGCACCGUGCUGUCCCUGUCUCCGGGUCCCCGGAAACCUGGUUACUAUGACGACCGGCCAGGGUCCCUCAGCCGCUACCCGAGCUUGAGCAGCCGCUCGCUGAACUGCCCUCAGAAGGAGCGUGGCGGCCUCAAGCGAGGACAGUCCAUUUUCCUGCCCGCCCUGACCUGGAAGCGGCUGGUGGCCUCUACCAAGAAACGGGGCAGCUCCAAGAAAGCUUAUCCAACCCAGGGAGCGGUUGGAGCUCCACUUAAUAACAACAAUAUAUACCAGAACCAGAAGGACCCUUCCGUCUUGCACCUCAAUCGUGAAAAUGUGAAGAAAUCUCUUUCGUGCGCCAACCUCUCCAACUAUGAAGGCCCAGCAGGUCUAGGCCUGGGGAUGGGCAUGGGAAUCGGGCCUGCCUUGGUAAGCUACGGUAAGCCUCAGCAGCUUUCUUCAGUCAAGAAGGUUCCUCACGGUACCUGCGCUGGGUCUCCGAAGCGUGUGAUCGUCCAGGCGUCUACUAGCGAGCUCCUGCGCUGUCUGGGGGAGUUUCUGUGCGGUCGAUGCUACCGGCUAAAGCACCUAUCCCCUGCUGAUCCAGUUUUGUGGCUCCGGGCUGUGGAUCGAUCGCUUCUCCUCCAGGGCUGGCAGGACCAGGCCUUUGUAACUCCAGCCAAUGUGGUUUUCGUAUACAUGCUUUGCCGUGAUGUGGUGGAUGGCGACCUUGUUUCGUCAGAACAUGAGCUCCAAGCCAUUCUCCUAACCUGCCUCUAUCUGUCCUACUCUUACAUGGGCAAUGAAAUAUCCUACCCUCUCAAGCCGUUUCUAGUGGAGGCAGCCAAAGAGGCCUUUUGGGACCGCUGUUUGGCCAUCAUCGAUGCCACAAGCUCUAAAAUGCUCCGCAUCAACGCAGAUCCACAUUUCUUCACGCAGGUUUUCGCCGAGCUCAAAAGCGAAGGCGGCUGCGGCCCGCAGGACUAUGGCCGGCUGCUGGACCGGUGAGUGCAGAGGAGAAAAAGAAAGAGACAGAAAGAGAGAGAGAGAGAAAAAAAGCUCCCUCAACACAUCUUUGCGUCUUUUGUGUCCUUGUCCUCAAAAAUCAGCCCUGACCUGAAAUUCAGUAUCUCUUAAUACCUCAGCGGUGUAAAGAUCUGUAGGGCCACUUCAAAAUCAUUCAAUCAUUGUCUGAUCUUCUCAGGCGCUUGACCUUCGACACUGCCUUGACAUUCGUCAAAAAUCGGAAAUUAAAUCUGCUUUUUGACCAAUUUCGAAGCAGAUGCGAGGUGCCUUGAAAAUGGAGUAUGUUGAUGAUUCUUUGCAACUACGUUUCCAGUAGUAAUUCUCAUUGCGACAUGUGGCCAAAUGACCCUGGGUCAUCAGAGAUGUAAGCAGUUUUCCCUCAAUGGGACGGAACCUAUCACUAAAACGAAUAGAGACAAGAAACAAGACAAUAUUAACUUGUCCUCUGAGCCAGUUUAAGUCUAAAGCUCUGCCCAAGCCUCUGCCCAGGUCAUUCUGAGGCACAGAAACUGAACGGCACACACCUGACAUUACUUGAACGAUGGGUAGUCCGUCCACCCCAUCUUAGCAUCUGCUCCGU